GGGUAGGGGGAAGGAAACAAAAACAAUUCAACGCCAUUUUGGACUUAGGCCUACUUCGUUAAUUAUGAAUUCCGGGAGACUUCGAGUACACCAUUCCCGUCAAAGGAGCUGAGGGUUUGCAUCGUAUGUUUUCUUCCACACCCUCUACUUUUUAUGUGAAUGGCGGCUGUUUUUUCUUCCUCCCAAAUCAUCCCUUGUUGGCGUUAUCGGCUCUACACGUCUAUGUAUUUUGUCAAACAAAAAAACAUUGACAGCCGAAGUGUAUGCUAUCGCUUAAAUUCCCUACCUUUUUGAAUGAAGUUGCCCACUGAAGAAGGGGGAACGUUUGCUACAAGGUGGAUCGCUGCCAGCAGCAAGUCAGAAGACGUGGUGGAGUCGUAAAGAUUUUUUUACCCUCGGCUGCGAUACAGCGAUCGUUGUGUUCUAAUUAAUCGGUUUUUGUUUUAAAAGAAGACAUAUCAAUAAAAAAAAUCAUGGGAGCUGGUACCAAGCUUGUUUUUGCUGUUUUUCUGAUUUCGUGCUCCUCAGGUGCAAUCCUUGGUAGAUCUGAGAAGCAAGUUUGUAUUUUCUAUAAUGCAGACUGGGAGAAAGACCGAACAAAUCUAAGUGGGAUUGAGCACUGUGAUGGAGAAAAGGAUAAACGGCGACACUGUUUUGCGACGUGGAAGAACAAUUCUGGCUCUAUAGAAAUUGUAAAACGAGGCUGUUGGCUGGAUGAUUGGAACUGCUAUGACAAGGGUGAAUGUAUUGAAACAAAAGAAAGCCCUGAAGUUUUCUUCUGCUGCUGUGAAGGCAUCAAGUGCAAUGAGAAGUUUUUUUAUGUCCCAGUAAUUCAGGAACUGCCAUCAACAUCAAACCCAGUCCCAUCAAGGCCUCCACUGCUGACCAUUUUGCUUUAUUCACUGGUACCCAUCAUGGGAUUUGCUGUAGUUGUGUUGUUCUCCUUCUGGAUGUAUAGGCAUCAUAAAUUGGCAUAUCCGCCAGUACUUGUACCAACUCAGCAUGCCUUUCAUAUAGAGAUAGAGGAUCCGGGUCCAACACCGCCUUCUCCUCUGCUUGGUCUAAAACCAUUGCAGUUACUAGAACUUAAGGCCAGAGGGCGCUUUGGUUGUGUAUGGAAAGCUCAACUACUGAAUGAAUAUGUGGCAGUUAAAAUAUUCCCAGUUCAGGACAAACAGUCCUGGCAAAAUGAAUAUGAAAUAUACAGUCAACCUGGAAUGAACCAUGAAAAUCUUUUGCAUUUCAUUGGUGCAGAGAAAAGAGGCACAAACAUAGAUGUGGAAUUGUGGUUGAUAUCUUCCUUCCAUGAAAAGGGUUCCUUGACAGAUUAUCUAAAAGCUAAUGUGGUUACUUGGAAUGAAUUAUGCCAUAUCGCUGAGAGCAUGGCAAGAGGCCUAGCUUAUCUCCAUGAGGAUAAGCCUGGUUUAAAAGAUGGACACAAACCCGCUAUUGCUCACAGGGAUUUCAAAAGUAAAAAUGUGUUGCUGAAGAACAAUCUCACCGCUUGUAUAGGAGAUUUUGGUUUAGCUUUGCGAUUUGAAGCUGGGAAGUCAGCAGGUGAUACUCAUGGCCAGGUUGGCACCAGAAGGUACAUGGCUCCAGAAGUAUUGGAAGGUGCCAUAAAUUUCCAGCGUGACGCAUUCCUCAGGAUAGACAUGUACUCUAUGGGUCUCGUGCUGUGGGAAUUGGCAUCACGGUGUACAGCUGCAGAUGGUCCAGUGGAUGAAUACAUGUUACCAUUUGAAGAGGAAGUUGGACAGCAUCCAUCCCUUGAAGAUAUGCAAGAAGUGGUUGUGCAUAAGAAGAUGAGACCUGUUUUUAGAGAACAUUGGCAGAAACAUCCAGGAAUGGCUGUUUUGUGUGAAACUAUAGAAGAAUGUUGGGAUCAUGAUGCAGAGGCAAGACUAUCUGCCGGUUGUGUUGCAGAACGCAUCACUCAAAUGCAAAGACUAAUGAGCACGAUUACUACAGACAACAUUGUAACAGUAGUCACCAUGGUAACAAAUGUUGACUUUCCUCCCAAAGAAUCUAGCCUAUGAUGGCUAUAAUGGUCACAAACCAGACCAAGGGACUCUACUCCAGAGCUGCUAUCUGCUGAAUUUAUUUGACUGGUUACGACAAACAAUUCAGUAUCUUGUCCUUACACACUUAACAGAACUGGUAGCUAAUGGAAUGGCGCAAUGGAAGCAACGGGUACCACAGUCAGUCAGAAAUUAUAUAGAAGAUAACUGGUUGUAGCAUGGAUCGCUCUACUUCAGUAACCUUUAUCUGAGAUACUGGAAGGUAACUGUUUUCUUCCAGCAAAGGAAGCUAAGUUGGUAUCAGAUGAAUGUUUGAGAAUAAGUCAUCACAGAGUGUGGGUCUCAAGUUUGACAGCAUGAGCGUGGCUAAAAAAUCCAAGUGCACCAGAUAACUGGUUUAUUGUGAGGAUGUCGCCAUUCCUCAGAUGAACUACUGUUAAUUUUUAAUAACAGUAAGAAGGGCAGUUCAUUUUUAUUGCAUUUGCUAUUUGCGUUCACAGAAGAACUGUUGUAAUGCCAAUAUGACAUAGCUUGUGAAUGUUCAUUGUGCUGCUGUUAUAUGUAUCAACAAAUCAAGGUUUUUUGGAACAUAGCAAAGAAGCUUCAAGCAUUACAUUAUAACCAUAAACCUCCCUCAACAAGGUAUACCUCAGUUUCCAUAUUUGAUAAACUAUAUUGGUACUUUUAAGUUUGAUAACACUAACAGAUUUGAAUUGACAGUUGACCUUAAAUGUAAUUUUAUGUAUUUUAUCACUGCAUUUUAAAAACAAAUGUAAACUAUACCUUUCUAUGCCAAUGGGAGAAGGCCAUUCAAAAAGUGUUUCUGCCUUUUUUUUCCUUGUGCAAGCUCCAUGUAAUAAUUUUUAACCAUGCAGAUGUCUGCUUUUAAUAGCUCCUUUGCUACGUGAAGCUUUGGAAAUAUCUUUUGCCCCAAAAUUGGCUUUCAAAGCACUUCCUUAUUUUAGAUUUGCUGUGUUUAUAGAGGAUUCAGAUGUAAGCAUGCUUUUCUGUUUUUAAACUUGCAAGAUAUAAUUAACACUGGAGGUGUUUUUAAAAUUGAAUGCUUUUAUUUUGUAAAGUAAUAUAUCCUUUGUUUUCCUUUCAUUAUACAUGUACAGUAAUUUUUGCAUACCUGUUAAAAGUGCAGUCAUUAGUCUACUGUGUCACUGUACCAACAUAACCUCAGGAAUUUGUUACCCUAAUCCCUCUCUGUUUGGAGUUGUGGUGACAGUUCUACACUAAUUUCAGUGCCAUUUCAGUAAGUUUAAAAAGAACUUGCAGGGCAACAGAGGAACUUUUAUAAAAAAAAAUAUAUAUUAAUAUAUGCAAUAGAUACACAUAAAAGUCACUGGUACUGACUUCUGUUCCUAAACAAUUACUAUAGUUUUAUAUGAUAUAGCAAAACAAACAAAAGUCAAAACUAACCGCUGCAACUGCUGCUCAAUUUACUUUUCAGGGCCUGGGAUUGGUUAUCCUUAAGUGUUAACCAUGCGUUGCAUUGUUGCAGCAUAGCUAAAUGCUUCAGUACAAAACUGCUCAAUGUAGAAUAUCAUACCGUAAAACUACAUUAAUUGAUUGUGAGUGUAGUGAUUAGGUGCCAAAUGUUUUAGAUAUGACACUAAAGUGUUUACUGCAUUUCUGCAGUUUUAUACUUUGCAAUAGGAUUACUGAUCAAAUUAAAGACUGACAACAUAAUAAACUGUUUGUAUAGUUACAACUGAUUUUGAUUUCAGCAAUCAUCUAUUGUAAACAGCUGACAAAGUAUUUAGUUAAAGCUGCAGUAUAUCACUAAAACAACUUGUAAUUUCUUAAAAUCCUCAAAACCCGUUAAAAGCUAUUAUUAAGCACACAUUUGGAUCUUGGGCUAAACAUCCCUAAAAUUUUAAAUUUUGGGGAGAUUCUUUGACCUCAGUCCCAGAUUUUUAGUGCCAGUGUCCUCUCCUGAAAGUUUGCUUCAAUUGUUGGACCACGAGCAGUUAACACUGUGUAACAAUAAUGAACUUCAGGUACCUCAGAUUAUAAAACAUAUGCUAAGGCUAUGCAAAUUUAGAAAAUUCUAUUUUAAUAUUAUUGUUCACAGGUUUUCAAUCUAACCAAUUUUAUUAACAAUAUGGAUGAGAAAUCACUUGAAAAAUGUUAUUUCUAUCAGGUAAAUGCAACAUUAUUUGUAGGACAUUUCCUUCCCCUUAAUGUUAUAUUGAUUUUUUUUUUCUUUUAUUUCCAAGAAUAUAUUGCAGCUUUAAAAAAAUGGUUUUCAAAUCAGGAACUCACUGUGAAUUAAUGGUUUAUGCAUAUAUGAAGUGCUUACUAUUAAAAACAUGAAUUGCAGAGACUCAGAACAAGAAAAUUCUGAUGUCAAAAAUGAAAAAUCUGUCCCCAUACUCCAAGCAGAGAGGGAAAAAGGGCAAAUGCAAUGGUGUAUAUAUUCUACAUGCCCACUUGUACAAGUUUGGAUUAGAUUGUCAGCUGGUGUCUGUCUCAAAAACACUAGUUGAUUAUUGCUCGGAGGAAUCUUCUUUACUAGGUACUUGUGCUAUAGAAUGUGGUUUGUAUCAUUCAUCCAUAGAAACUUUUUAACAUUUUACAAAGCAAUGAUUUUGUUACCAUUUUAGACUUCAACUCUACCUUGCAACUAGUACUUCACAGGGAGAUAUAAUAGCCUUGAAAUAGGGUAAAGUUCUUAAUUAUGCAAUAUUGCUAUUUCUAUUAAGUUUAAAGAUUAUCAGACAAUUCAAAUGUAUUUUGGGCAGAAUGAUACACAUGACAUUCUAGAUUAAGUGUUGCUUACCUCAGAACUUGCCAACAGAGUUCUUAAAGCAGUUUGUGAUACACAUACCUCUAAACAAUUAUGUUUGCUUAAGUCUGUAUCAAUGUUCUGUGCAUCUGUGAGCACAAAUUACUGUAAUAUUUGAUAUGUACUUGGGAUGUUUUUGCAAAUACCUUGCAAUUAGAAAGCCAGGAAAAUGCCUGGGUCGAGAGAUGGGAGAGAUUAAGUAUUGUACAGAAAUAUUUGCUGUUCCCCUAAGAAUAAACUGUAUAGUGACUGCUGUAUGACCUACAUUCUAUAUAGGAAAUGUGCUGGUGUAUUAUUUGAUUUUUUUUUCUUCUACUGUAUUCUAUAUCGUGCGUAUCUUGAGGUUGUGCAGUAGUGCAUUUGUGUUCACGUGCAUGGUGCCAUCUACUUUAAUAGAUGUAAAUAGUAAUGCUGCAAGUCUGUGCAGAGCAAGAUACAGAAGAAAAUCUGAGGUUCCUGCAAUGAAUGAUUCACCUCAACUUCAGCAAUCCAGUGUCAGGUGAACUGCGAUAUCCCAGUUGUGAAUCGGGCUCAUAACACUGCUACCAUUUAAUAAGAGGUUUAGCUAUUUUAAACAUCAUGCUCACAGUAAGUGUUUCAUAAAUUGUGCUUUUUACCUGCGAUUCUUAUCAAUCAGAAUGUUUGCUGUUCUUCAUUUGGAAUCUUCUAUUGGUGAUCCCUGAUAAGGACUGUUUGUUAAUGAGCAAAGACUAAACAGAUUGGGACUAUUCAUUGAAACAAAGGAUUAUUAAGGGGCUUGGCAGGUAAAUACUGAGAUGAUGUUUCUCCUCAUGGGAGAAUCUCAGACCAGUGGGCAUAGUCUCAGAAUAAGGGAGUGCCAAUUUAAGACUGAGAUAAAGAGGAAUUUGACAGUCCUUGGAAUUCUUUGCCACGGAAGAGUUGUGAGGACACAGUACAUUUUAAGGCUGAGAUAGAUAGACUUUUGAUUACAAGUUGACAGGCAAAGGACUGGAAAGUGGCCAUGAUGAGUGUCGGGUCAGCCGUAAUCCUGUUGAGUGGUGGAGCAGGCUCAGGGAGCCAAAUGGCCUACUUCUGUUCCUAUUUCUUACAGUCUUAUGAUCUUAUUUUAUAUGAUAUAGCAGCACCGAUUUCUUAGUAUAGGUUGAAGGGAUGCAAGUUGUGAUCUGUGAAGUGUCCACUGUCUGUCCACAAGCUAAUGGUAGGAAUUAUCAUUAACCCAUGCAUUUAUUGAAUCUGUGUAAUUUUUUUUAUAGACAUUCGUGGGACCUGGGCAUUGUGGGCUAGGUCAGCAUAUAUUAGUUGCCCAGGGAGCAGUUGAGAGUUAAGCCACAUUGCUGGGGUGUGGACUCACUUAUACAUCAGAUCAGGUAAACAUGAGAGUUUCCUUCCCUCAAGGAUAUUAGUGAACCUGAUGGGUUUUUCCCAAACAAAGUUUGCAUGGUCAUUAUUAGACUGUUAAUUAUAGAUUGUUUUAUUGAAUUGAGAUUCUAUUAUCUGCUGUGUUGGGAUUUGAACCCAGGCCCCCAGAACAUUACCUGGGUCUCUGGAUUAGUCUAGUGAUAUUCCUCAAACUGGCUUUUUUUAAAAACAAUGAAUUCAAACAAAUGUUGGAAAGGUUAAAAUAUGGUAUAAUGUGAUAAACUAAAAGAAUAAUCUUGGGUCCAAAAACUCCUAGCUACACAACAAAUGAAUUCCAGCAUGGGUAAAUGUACUUUGAUACACAGUUGUAGGGAAAACUAUAAAAUAGUCACUUGUACCUUACAAAAUACAAAACUGCAUAGCACAAAAGGGAUCCAAUGGUACAACAGUUCAAAUUAUUAACAACAGCAUGCAGGUCAACCAAUAAUUGUUUUAAAAAGAUUUUAAAGAAAAUUCUUUUCUAAAAGUUUAGAUUUCAAAAGGAGCAAAAACUUAACCUAAACUUGUUAAUCCCAAACUUCAUUGUGGUCAGGUGCACUUUCUGUAGUUUUGUUUUUCAUUUUAUUAAAAGAAUGUCAAAGGACUGUUGAAAGUAUGAAAAGAUUUGCAAACAUGCUGUCAAAACUGAGAUUAGAAAUAUUUGAAAAUGCUGAACCUUGAAAACCAUUUUCUUUCAAUAAGGGGAGAACUUACAAGAGACCUGCUGAAUUGCAGAAAUAAAUUGGUUAGAAAAGGGAGCUGUGGAGUGAGUGUUUCCAAUUAUUUAUGUAUAUGCGUAUAUACAGACUUAGAACAGAAGGCUAUUUGGUCUCCCUAGCUUUCUGCGCAAAAUCUGUAAUAUUCAUGAUUGACACCUUAAUCAAGUCAAUCUCCCUAUGCCUUAAAGUAUUCAAUAACUGCCUGCACUGCUCUCUUUAGAAUAAUGUUUCAAACACAUGACUUACACGAGAAAAAUCCUCAUCUUCAGCUUAAAUUGGAAACUACUUAUUUUUAACUACUUCAAAGGAGGAACAUCCUUUCAGCAGCUACGCGGUCAAGUCCCCUCAGGAUUUUGUUUCAAUAAGAUGCCACCUCAAUAUUGUAACUUUAAUGGAUAUGGGCCCAACAUGUCCUUUUACAAACCUUCUCCACCCAAACUAAGCCUCAGUCAAGUGAACAAACUCUGAGUUGUUUCUAACAAAUUUAUAAGUUCCCUUAAAUAUGGAGACCAGAUUAUACACAGUACUCCAGAUAUGGCCUUAACAACACCUUACAACUGUAGGAAAACAUCCUUAGUCCUUGGAAUAAACAUCAUUUCCCACAAUAGAUGUUAAGCUAACUGGUUUGUAGCUUCCUAAAGUUCUUUGUUUUCACCCCGAGUGUCCCAUUUGCUAUUUUCCAAUUUAAGCCAAAAUAAUUGGCUGAGGAGUAGGCCAUUAGGCCCUUUAAACCUCGUCCAUCAUUCAGUAAGAUCAUGACUGAUCUGAUUAUUCCACAUUAUCGCUCACUUUCAAUAGUCUGUUGCCCCUUGCUUAUCCAGAAUCUAGUACCAUCUUAAAAAGAAACAAAGAAUCUGCUUCCACUGCCUUUUAAGGAUGUUCCAAAGGCACAACUCUCUUAGGAAUAAUUUCUCCUUAGCUCUGUCAUAAAUAGGUAACCCUUUAUUUUUAAACUUAGUUCUUCAAUUUCCUACUUCCAGAUUCUUCUCCAAGAGGAAACAUCCUUUCCACCCGGUGAAGCCCUGUCAGGGUCAAUCAUCUGUUGCUUUUCUAAAUAGAUGUGGAUACAAACGUAGUUGGUCCAAUCUUUCCGAGCUAAUCUGUCCAUUCCAGGUAUUUGUCCAGUCAACGCUCCCUGAACUACUUCCAACACUUUGACAUCCUGCUUAAGGAAACCAAUAAUCUACAUAGCACUGCACCAAUGCCCUGCGUUAACUUCGUUACUUUUGCAUUAAAUUCCCUUUCAUGUCAUCAUCUGUUCACUUUUUUCUCUUAUUGGCAAAUCCAAAACUUGGUAAUUAAUACAAGGUAAUUAAUGAGUGUGACAAUGAAAUAAAAACCUGCAUUCUUAUGAGCAGAAACCGCAAUCAUUGGAUUGUUGCUCCUUUUGUACGUUCUCCUGAUGAUACUACUGUCCAUUUCUAGCACUUGCCCGAGUCACUCCUCUAAGUCUGAGACUUUCCACAAAGAAUCUUGAGGUGUAGAAGGUUUGACUAUUGGAUUUUUAACUUCUGAGGCAGUUCCAGGUGUCAAAUUUCUACAGGUUCAUGCUAUGCAUCUUUGUGCAUUAUUUAAUCUAAGGCAGUAUUUCUUUGUUAGAAAACAGUGCGAUUCAAAAUAAUUUUAAGGCCUUUAAUUGAGUGUGUCUUCAAAAGAAAACUAGACUACAGGACAGAGAAACUGUAUAGAAAGCUGUGUUAAAGGCCAAGAAGAAAUGGAUAGCAUGGAAGGAGAUGCAUGUGCUGUAUUCCAAAAUGGGUUUUCAACUAGGGGCAAGAGGAACUGCAGCUGCUGGAGAAUCUGAGAUAACAAAGUCUAGAGUUGGAUGAACACAGCAGGCCAAGCAGCAUCUUAGGAGCACAAAAGCUGAUGUUUCGGGCCUAGACCCUUCAGGGAUGGUUGCGGACUCUAGAUAUUCACCACAAAUAACCUCUGGGGUUUAAAUAGAACUAAAAUACAUCUUGCAUCAAGCAGAUUGAACUGCAAACUCUAGUCCUGAUUUAGAUAUUUUAUUUCCUUCCUGAAAAUGUUCGAUGAGCUGAGUCUAGGUCUUGUUCGCUGAGAAGCAAUAAAGGUGGCCAUUAUUGAGCACG